UGUGAAGAGGAAAACUAAUAUGAUUAAGGCAGGAUUUGGGCACUGGUGGAGAGCUGCCGUAGGUGGUGGGCAUUAGCAGUAACAGCUGCUGCGCUUCCCAUUAGAGGAGAAAGGGAAGAAGGUCUCUGAAAGGAUGGGUCUCCGGCGGGCUGGGAGGGCAGCGGUGGCAGCGAGCCCGGCGGCAUACGCAUCCCGAGGCUGUGGGAAGGGCGGCUCGGGAGCUCAGCUCAUUCCGAGGCACCAGACGGGCUCGCAGGCUGCGGAAGCCGCAGCGUGGAAGUGAGCCUGCCCGUCGCGCUCCGCCGUGGGAUGGAGGAGAGCAGGAGAGCCCCCACCGCCGUCGUCGGCUGGGCGUGCACAACCCUCUGCUUGGUCUCCUGCGCGGCUGCCUUCUCGCACGGCGCGAGCCUCUCCGCCUGCGCUGACAUGGUGCCCAGGCACCUGAGAGCGCAGCUCCACAGCCCCAGCAACAACUACGUUACCGUCCACACCAACGUGUCCUUCUAUGUCCCAGGCGACAGGGUGCCAGUGACAGUGAGGAGCACCCGGGAUUUUAUGGGCUUUUUGCUUCAAGCUCGCAAAGUGUCUAAUGACGAAGUUGCUGGCACAUUCGUCUUUAUCCCUCCUGGUUCCAAACUUCUGACUUGUUUUGAAGAUGGUGACACCGUCACCCACUCAGACAAGUCACUGAAGAGAAACCUGUCCUUCGUAUGGAAAGCACCAGCCCAACCCAUUGGAGACAUCAAGUUUUUCAUCUCCGUAGUCCAGUCAUACUUCGUUUACUGGACAAAGAUAGAAUCUGCUAUCGUGGCUCAGCGAGGGCAAAACAAAACGCUUGCUGGCAGCAGCAAGAAGCCCGACGCCGUAACCCCCGCGCCCUCGCAGGGACCAGCUGGCCCACACCCCCCAGGUCCCACCUUUCCCACGGCUGCCCCGGGCUCCCCGCCGCACAGCCCCCUGCCGCCUGCCAGCCCCACCGGCAUCACAGCAACGCCGGCACCGGAGCCAGGUCUGGGGGCUGGGACAGACGCCCCUCCCGUUGCCGAGCCAAAGCAGCCGGCCCGGCCUUCACGCGCUACGGCCGGCGGGAGCGGCGGGUCCAGCGGCCGGGGGCUGGAGCCUCCCCUCCCCACCCCAGACCCCAGCAUGACGGACGCCUUGCGAGGUCUCCUCUCCUGGGAAGAUGCCUCCAGCUACAGCACCUUCGAUGGAGCGGGAGGCACUGCCAGCGCUGCCACCCCACACUCGUGUUCAGCGUGUAAGGAAGACCAGCAGGCCGUUACCAAGAGCAGGGCCUUCUCGAAAGCCUCCCCGCGUGCGACAGCGUCUCCUCCUGCCCCGCACGUGCACACCCACCUGGGUGACGCCGCUGCGACAACCGCCUGGUCCGGCGACGCCGACGCUCCCGGCAAUUUGUCAUCCGCUUCGAGGCAAACGGCAGAAGGAAAGCCGGCACCGCAGGCAGAGGAGGCAGGCGCCGGGGGCGAGGAGGAGGCGGCGGGUGGGAACACCCUGCCGUGGGUGACCAGAGCGGCUCCCGAAUCCGCUGUUCCUGGGAAGGGGGAAGACCCUGGCAGAGGGACCCGCCUCCUGGCAGCCCAACUCGGGGUCCUCCUGGUGUGCUCCGCCACCCUGGGCCUGGCGCUGGCAGCCGCCGUGCGCGGCGCCGGUGCCCGGCAUUGCCACAAGCGGACGGAGGUCUCCUUCAGCCAGCCGGGCACCGACGUCCUCACCCUCAGAGAGAACGGGGAGGCGAUGCACUUCCGAAAGAUCCGGGAGAACAGCUUCGUGCUGGUGCAAGCCGAGUACAACUGGGUCAGCCCCUCGAGGGGCGGGAGGAAGACAACCAUCAUCUGAAACGUCUGCGACGCCGAAAGCAGCGCUACGGCAGCCGGCGUAGGUGCAAGUAGCCCGGACUGCAGAGCACAGGUGAUAGGAAGCAGUGCUGGAGUGCCUCUGUGUGCCGCCAUACAGGCUGACACACUCGAAGCGGCCAGUUCAGAGGCGUUAGUCGAAAGUUUCGAAGCUACAGCUGCUAAGAAAAUAGAAGUUGAUAGAUCAUUCAGUGUGUGUUACGCUUACUGCAAUUAAUAUUGUAUAUCUGCUCAUUAGCUGUCACUGCAGCCAUGCCAUACGCUUCCUCUGUUGCCUUAAGGGUGUAACCAAAAAUAGAAAUUCUUCCUCUGCACUGUA